CCAUGCCCUACCGCAUUCUGGUCGGGUCCUACGCGAAUGAGAUCUACACGGUCUCCUUUGACCCCGACACCUCGAGCAUCUCGCUCGUUUCGUCAAUAACAGUCGGGUAUCAUCCAUCAUGGAUCACACCUCAUCCGACUGACAAAUCGCUCGUAUUCGCGGGUCUCGAGCAAGCGGAGGGAAAGGUCGUAGCUGUGCGGUACGACGAAGGGGGGAAGGGCAGUCUGGUCGGCGAAGUCUCUAGUGGUGGCGCGGACCCAUGCACCUUGCUCGCAGUAGGCACCGAACUGCUCAUAGGGAAUUACUCCUCCGGGACGUUCACAACCAUCCCCUUGACGCCAGAGCCGCCGCACCUGCAGGUGUCACAGAGCUCGACGCUCAAGUUCACGGGCACGGGCCCGAACAAGGAGCGCCAGGAGGCGUCGCACCUGCACCAGGUCUUCCUGCACCCCACUCGCGCGGAGCUGCUCAUCCCUGAUCUUGGUGCGGACGUGACGCGUCGCUUCGUCAAGGACGCUAGCGGCGUGUGGGUUCCGAGCGGCGUUGUCGCCUACAAGGCUGGAGGAGGGCCGCGGCAUGUUGUGGUACUUAAUGAUAUUCUCUAUACUGUCCUCGAGCUCACGAACGAGGUCACUGCACAUCAGCUGCCACCCGCUCCCGAAGAGCCCACGCUCCUCGCGUGCGUUCCUACACUGCGUACGCCCGCCCCGCUUGAGGCAGAACCGAGCAUGCUCGCAGCGGAGAUCCUGGUUGCGACGUCCCCUACGCCGUACCUGUACGUGUCCAAUCGCAACGACCCGUCGCCCGAGGGAGACACGAUCGCCGUGUUCUCGCUCGCGGAUCCUGCGAAGCCUGAGCUGGUGAACGAGGUGCGUUCUGGGCUGCGGCAUCUGCGCGGGAUGUGGUUUGGCGGGGAGGACGCGUGUUGGCUGAUUGCUGGCGGAGUGCUUGGGGGCGGGGUGAAAGUAUUCGAGAGAGUGGAUGGAGGGAAGGACUUGAAGCAGGUGGCUUCGCUGGAACUGGAAGCGCCAACUGGAUUCUUAUGGUUGUGAGUUGCGCUGUAAUGUGUGAUUCUGGAAUGUAAAGUCGACCGUUGUGACUC